ACUGCCUCCUUUUCUUUCCAGGUUUACAUAUGUGGUGGUUGCGAUGGCAUUGACCGCCUGCAAACAGCUGAAUGCUACAACCCAGAGACUGACCAGUGGACGGAGAUCGCCCCCAUGAGUGUCAGUCGUAGUGGAGUUGGAGUCAUUGCAUAUUCAGACCGUGUUUUUGCUGUUGGUGGCUUUGAUGGCAACACCUGUCUGCAGAGCGCUGAGGCCUACAACCCCCAGACCAAUACCUGGCACACAGUGUCCUCUAUGUUGACCCCCCGCAGCAAUUUUGGCCUUGAAGUGAUUGAGGACCGACUGUUUGUUGUCGGGGGCUAUGACGGCAACAUCCCCACCAAUUAUGUCGAGUUCUACGAUGCUGCACGGGACGAGUGGUCUGAGGCCUGUGACAUGGCGAUCGACCGCAACGCCCUGAGCUGCUGUGUGGUGUCUGGACUCUCCAACUUGACCAGUUACAUUAUCCCUCGUGACACCCUGCCACCUCUAACUUUGGAGGAUGAGUUAGAGGCCUCCUCCUAAUAUUGGAGAGAGCUCAGCACAGUCUUGCACAGUCUUUGCAAUAGAAUAAUGAAAUACAUUUCUUUGAACAUGAAACUUCUGUCAUUCUAGUGACUUCUAUAUGAUUUGAG